GAAACUUUAGGCUGGUGCAAUAAGUUCAGUAUAUAAAAUAUGGCAUUUUUAGCCACAUUAAUUUUUUUGGGUUUAGUUCUACUGUAAGCCACUGCCUGGUCACAAGGGUCCAUUGGGCCCUGGCAACCAACUCCUCCUGCUAAUAAAACUCAAAAGGUGAAGGGAGAAGGCGGUAGCCUGGCAAUGUAAUUAUCUUUUUAGCAUGGACCAAACAUGGAAUAGCUUCACAAAAUUGCUGCAAAAAGCAUGUUCAGCACAUGCUCUAUUCACUGGGCUUAUGCUGAACAAAGGAGUAUACUGCCUGUUUAAUCAAGCUUAGCGUGCAUGACUACGACAAGACAUCUGGGGCAUUUGGCAAUCAUACAACCUUCGGCUUUCAGGUGGAGAAAAGAUGUUUUCAGUGUUUUGUGAAUAAAAGUGAAGUUUACCUUUCAGGAAGCCCAUUUAUCUAAAUACAGAGAAGUUUCUGACAAUAAAACUUUUACCUUGUGUAGCCAAGUGAAGAGAGCUGGAUCCAAUACUGUGCACCCUUAUUGCAUUCUCAAAUACAGUAGGAAGUCGGUAAACAGACUGACCUAUAGUAAGUCUCCCCUCCUUUAAAUAUUUGCUGGUUCUUCAUAAAAUAAUGAAUUAUCCUAGGCAAAAAUACAUUUUAAAUUAGCAUUGGUAGCAGAGGAAGUAUUUUACUUUUAAUAUAUUUCUACACUUGUAUAACAUGCAGAAAGGCCGGCUUUGUAGAAAUGAGAAUCAGACACCAUGAAACGGUAUAUUGUAGUGAGUUCUAUAUACUUGUCCAUGUUACAAACCAGUGAUGAGAGAAAUGUUUCGACAGGUUUUGUGCAAAAAAUACGGCAAUAGACUCCAGUGGGUAAUAAAAAUUGACGCAACAAAAAAAAAGUUGUCGCCCCUAGACAUUAAUGCAUUUGGGGAAUUUUACACCUUUUUGUGAAUUUUCAGCGAAGCAAAAUUGGUCACAUUAGCCUAUCACUAUUAUUACAUGAAAACAAUCCACUUAUUUAGGCUUCUUCUAAAAUAAUAGAAUUGCAAUACCCAACUAAAAGCUACUACUUUUGCCUUCAUAUUAUUCCUUGUUGAUGAAGGUAGAUUUUAUUACUUUGGGAUUCUCAGGGCCACUAUACUGUAAUAUUUUACAGGUGACAAAUCUGUGCUUAUGUUGUUAUAUGGUAUUGCUCUGUGUGGCCCAUUAUAAAAACAUCAAUCCCAUUGGCUAGCUAUGUCCCCAUAGUAUGGAAUACAGUCCGGCAUUUUCCGGUAUUUCAGAGGAUGUUUCCUAAACUUGCUGUUCUACAGUGAUGCUUUGGAAUUAGAUACACUCUGAGGACAGAUAGGGCUACAUUCCAUAGCCUACAACUUCAAAUGGAGCUGUUUGCCCCAUCCAACCACCAGUCAAGGUUUGUAAUGAGUCAGACUCUUGCUCCUUUCACCCUGCUCUUAAUCAUUGGGAGAUAAACCCAACAUCGUUACCUGGGAAAUGACUUUUCUGAGAUGAUGUGAGUAUGAUACUAAAAACAAUAACUGCCGUUAAGGUUCUACUUGGCUGUCAGAAUAACUCGAGUUCCACUUGGGAGCCCAGAGGUAGCCUUACCACUGUAAAUUACAUUCCAACUCAUGGACUAUAUUGACGGCUGUACAACUCACCGAGUGUUCUCCUUCCCUCAGAUUAAGAGGUUGAAAGGGCAACUUGAAGAAAGGAGUCAAAGGAACAGGAGCCCAGAAAAUCCAGAAAGCAGCGAUAUGGAGAAUGGCAGCGACUUGCAACGAGAUGCCAGCAGACAAAUCAGUGACCUUAAAUUUAAACUCACAAAAUCUACCCAGGAAGUAACAGCCCUAGAACAGAACAUCAUCCGGUUAGAAAGUCAGUUGACUCGGUACAAAGAUUCCUCAGAAAAUGCUGAAAAAAUAGAAGACGAAUUAAAAGCAGAAAAACGAAGGUUGCAGAGAGAACUCCGGACAGCAUUAGAUAAAAUUGAGGAGCUUGAAGUUGGCAAUAGCCACUUGGUGAAGCGACUGGAGAAAAUGAAGGCUAAUCGUAGUGCUAUCUUGUCUCACCAAUGAUGCCAAUCCAGAGCUGGCUGGAACGUGUGCGACACCAAAUGGACAACCCUGGUUAUGCCAACUGACUCGUCAUUUUUAUUUCUAUGACAUGUGCCAGCAGUGAGAUGCUAAUGGACCGAAAACAGGAGUCUUUUAUUGCCAAUACAACUCUGCUUAACACUUUCACCCCCAGAAGUACAGGCCACCCUUUGAGGUGCACUAGGACCCAGGAGACCAGACUGCAUUUCCUUUGGCCUGAGGGUUUUACAAAAGCUUCUUCUGUUACCUCUCCAGUUUGGGGCUAAUCGCAAGUUAAGGCAUGCCUCCUGUAUUUCUUCACAAUGCAUCCAGAAUUAACGUGAGGUCAUAUUUGAUUUUCUCAGAUGUCCUUGGGGAAACGUUUGGGAAUAUUUUGACCUCAGGAAUGCUGCUUUGGCCCAUAUGUAUGCUGAUUAAGAUACCAAUGACCGAAAAAAAACCCUAUAGAAGCUAUUACUAUUUCUCUGUUAUGCAGAUUAUUGCUCCUAUCCCACUGCAAGUAUUAAAGUCACAGUCUUGGGAAAAAAAUAAGUUAUAUUGUCCAGUGGACAGCUUGGAUCAGUCCUUCUACUCUAAUACAAGCACAAUAUGACCAGGGUUACAGUUACCUAUUUUACAGGGUGACACCUUACAUUGCUUACUAUUGUUACUGUCUGAAAAGCCUUAAAGGGCAAGUAAAGUCUAAAAUAGAAUAAGGCUAGAAAUGCUGUAUUUUGUAUGCUAAAUAUAAACAUGAACUUACUGCACCACAAUCUCUCCUAGGAGACCGCUCAGCCUCCCCUCCUAUAGCAGCUCCAACACCUCUUCAGGGGUGCUCAGUCCGCAGCGUCCCCACCGCCUAACUCAAACUGUGCCAAAGGAAUGGACGGCACUCCACUUGAAGAGGAAAAAAGUCUUUAUUGCAAGCUAAAACAGGGAUCAAAGGCCCUACGCGUUUCGGGAUACAAUCCCUUAAUCAUAGGAGUGGCUACACUAUCAUUUUCCUGAUUUUGUAACCCUUCAAGCCUUGCAUUUUAAACUUAUUUCAGCUGCCUGCAUUGGAACGUACCCCAUAAGGUUAUUGAUCAUUUAUAAUAUAUGGAACUUUGUUUCAUUUCCUGUUUGUGGACACACAAGGAAACAGCUGUCCUUUAGUUCCAUAAGGGAUUAUUUAGUAUGUGAGAGUGAGUGCAUGUUAGCAAGGGUACUUAUGUUUGAAUGAUUUGAGAGAGAGAGAGAGGGAGAGAUUCAUCUGUUUAAUACUGUUAACUUAAAAGCCAUUAGAAAACAGAAAUGAGGUUUGUGAGUUUUGUUGUCAUCUUGUUUCUGGGCGACGUGGCCUUAUGUGCUAUGUGCCCGCCUCUAGGUGAAUGAGCUACAGUUCUAUUACUGCUUCAGUCACUGGGGAAUUCUCUUUCAGGUUUAAUUAAAAACAACAAAAAUAAAUAAAUAAAUAAAUGCUUCUCUGAA